AUGAUGUAUUCCUCGCCGACGCCGCCGACGCUCUCCUUCCACCCACCACUCCUCAACACCGCCUGCCCCUGGGCGACGACACGCGACGAUAUCGAGGCCCUCUUGCUCUGCCCGUCGACCGGUGCCGUCACGACGCGGACGAGUCUGCUUGACGGCUUCACCCACGACGAGGCCCUUCACCGUCAUGUCUUUCUUGACCCCGCCCUUGGCGGUGGUCCUGUACAGGAAGAUGAACCGUCGGAGCCGGAGCAUCAGCAUGAGCAUGAGCAUGAGCAGCAGAAACAGAAGCAGAAGCUCGAACGACGGGCGGUAGGCAGCCUCAACUCCCUCGGCUACAGCCCCCUCACCAUCGACACCUACCUCGCCAUCCUGCACGACCUUGCGGCCUCACUUCCAACCACCGAGGCGCCCAGCCGCAAAACAAUCAUCAUCAGCAUUACCGACGCCGAGCCCGCCCACAUUGCCAUCUGCCACGAGCGCAUCCUUGCCGCCGCCCCCGAGCUCCCCUUCCCUCUCGCCGUCGAGAUCAAUCUGUCGUGUCCCAAUCUGCCAUCGGCGCCGCCACCGGCCCUCUCCCCGUCCGCUCUCCGCUGCUUCCUCGACGUCCUACCGCCGCACCCGAGACUCCCACUCGGCCUGAAGCUGCCGCCCCUGACGCACCCGUCCCAGUUUGCCGCCCUCGUCGACGAUGCGCUCCUUCCCUACGCCAGCCGCCUAAGCUUCGUCACCGCCACGAACACUCUCGGGGGCUGCCUCGUCUUUGAAGGAGCCGGCGAUGGCGGCUUGCUCGGUGGCAUGGGGGGUGCCAUGCUGCAUCCACUUGCCCUCGGCAACGUUGCUACCCUGCGACGUAUGUUCGACGAGAGGCCCGAGCUGAGCCACCUCGUCAUUGUCGGCGUGGGCGGUGUCAGCGAUGGCGAUGGGUACAAACGGAUGCGGAGGGCAGGCGCUAGCGCCGUCGGCUUGGCCACGGGCCUCGGGAGCAGAGGCGUACGCGUUUUUGAAGACAUUGAGAACGACAUUGGAUCCUCGUGGGGAGAGAUUCGGUGUGUCGAAAGCUCGAGUUCGAUUGAUCCCGCAAUACGGAAUUGA